GGAGGAGCGGGAGCUGCGGGAGGAUGGGCCGCCACUAGGCUCGCUCUCGGGACGCGCCUCGCCGAGCGCAGGGUGGGUGCCCGCGCCUGCAGCGUCCGCGGGGGCGGCGCGGCGGGAGGUGGCGAUCGGCUCCGGGUCUCGCAGCCACAGUUCCCGGCCCAGCGGGCCUUUCCGUGACGCCACCUGGUCGGGCCGCCCGCCCUCCCCGAUUCCCUCGCGGGCCGGAGAACGGAAACCUCCCAACUUCCGAGGUUUCUUCUCUGUUUGCCUCCGGGGAUCCUGCUCCAGUCCUGUGACAGAGGAUAUUUUUAAAGUUCCUGUUGCUUUGGACAAUGGAUGAACAAUCACAAGGAAUGCAAGGGUCACCUGUUCCUCAGUUCCAGCCACAGGUCUUCUGGUAUUUCUGAUGCCUCUGUGUCCUUUUAUAUGGGCAUCUCCUUUCUCUCUCCUACUGGAGAGAGUCCUUCUGAAACUGGACUGUGUCUGCCUUACCUGGGGCUCUGUGGAAAGGCAGUUCUCACUUGGAGCUGGCACUCACUGAGACAGAAGGCCUUACGACCAGAUAUGGGCUACAAUACAUUAGCCAACUUUCGAAUAGAAAAGAAAAUUGGCCGUGGGCAAUUUAGUGAAGUUUAUAGAGCAGCCUGUCUCUUGGAUGGAGUGCCAGUAGCUUUAAAAAAAGUACAGAUAUUUGAUUUAAUGGAUGCCAAAGCACGUGCUGAUUGCAUCAAAGAAAUAGAUCUCCUUAAGCAACUUAACCAUCCAAAUGUAAUUAAAUAUUAUGCAUCAUUCAUUGAAGAUAAUGAACUGAACAUAGUUUUGGAAUUAGCAGAUGCUGGCGAUCUAUCCAGAAUGAUAAAGCAUUUUAAGAAACAGAAGAGGCUAAUUCCUGAAAGAACCGUUUGGAAGUACUUUGUUCAACUCUGCAGUGCAUUGGAACAUAUGCAUUCUCGACGAGUCAUGCAUCGAGAUAUAAAGCCAGCAAAUGUGUUCAUCACAGCCACAGGAGUGGUCAAACUUGGAGAUCUUGGUCUUGGCCGUUUUUUCAGCUCCAAAACCACAGCUGCACAUUCUUUAGUGGGUACACCUUAUUACAUGUCUCCAGAGAGAAUACAUGAAAAUGGAUACAACUUCAAAUCUGACAUCUGGUCUCUUGGCUGUCUACUGUACGAGAUGGCCGCAUUACAGAGUCCAUUCUAUGGUGACAAAAUGAAUUUAUACUCUCUGUGUAAGAAGAUCGAGCAGUGUGACUACCCACCGCUUCCUUCAGAUCACUAUUCAGAGGAACUACGACAGUUAGUGAAUAUGUGUAUCAACCCAGACCCUGAGAAGCGACCAGACAUCACUUAUGUUUAUGACGUAGCAAAGAGGAUGCACGCGUGUACCACAAGCAGCUAAACAUACAGAAGAUCAUGAAGAACUUAACCAAAAUAAUUUAAAGUAUUUUUGUGCAAAUUAUACCUCCCUGUUUCUGUCUGGGUGUUAAUAUUUCAGAGCUGAUAUGCUUUGAAUCCUUAACCAGUUUUCAUAUAAGCUUCAUUUUGUACCAACUUAAGUCACCUUUCGCAAAACCCCAAAUGACUUUGGAAUAAUUAAAUUGCAUGUUAGGAGAAUCAGUAAAAUGUAAAACAUGUAGUGACUAUAUGUUUUCAGGCCUAGGAGUUUUCUGCUGAUAAAUUUGUGUUCAAAUAGACUCUCAGUGCCAAAUAUUGCAGGUGCAGUCUGGCACUCAGCAGCAUAGACUGGGAAGUGUCUGAACAUGUGACUUGUUCGCCUUUCAGUCACUUACGGACAUUUGAGAUGAGCACAAUCGUGAACUUUUGUGAUGACUUCACCUGUAACAGUUUAAAGUAUGUGUUUUAGUCCUUAGCAUUGUAGCUUUUAAAUAUAAUUAAGAUAAAUGUAGACAUACACUAUUUCAGAAACAUUUAAAAUUCUUUGCUUAUACAUUCGAAAUGCAACUUUUAAAUGUGAAAAGAUUUGGGGACAAAAUGUGAGUCAGACACUGAAGAGUGUUUUUGCUUUAUUUUGUUUUAAUUUCUUUGAUUGUUUCUUUGCAUUGAAAUGGUAUAAAUGAAUCUAUUUAAAAAGUGGUUAAGGAUUUUUUUGGCUGGUGUGAUAGUAAUUUUAAAACUUGCACAUUGCCCAAGCUUUUUUGUGUUUUUGCUGUUGUUUGUACAUUUGAAAAAUAUUCUUUGAAUAAUCUUGCAGUACUAUAUUUCAAUUUCUUUAUAAAUUUAAAUGCUCUACUCAUAAUUGUAUACUGUAGUAUAAGUGUCUGUUUUAUUCAUAGAUUUUAUUGAAGUGCUGAUUGGUCCCCUUCAGAAAUUUUUUUAUAUUCUUCAAGUUACUUUCUUAUUUAUAUUGUAUGUGCAUUUUAUUCAUUAAUAUUUUCUGAACAUAAAAUCUUUUUAAAAAUCUUUGGCAUACCAACACUUUCCCUGGAUUGAAACAUUUUUUUUAAAUUUCAAAAUAUUGGCCUACCCUGUGUGGAUGGUGUAUUUUGUCUUGUUUGAGAGGAAGAAAAGGAUGUAUGUUGCACCGUACCUGUGAAUGUUGAUACAGCUUCAGUUCAUUGGACAAGAUUGUAAUUGUAGAACAUGUUUAAAGAAAUGAAAACUAGCCAUUGUUACCACAGCCAGAAUUUUUAUGAGAUUUACAUUUCUGUUGAGAAGAUUUUAAGCAAAGUACUGUAUUCAAGAAUGAAGAUGACAGAGAUGAUAACACUUCAUUUACUUUAAGGAAAUGUGCAGAGUUUCCUAAAUACUGUUGUGGAGAUGUGUUUUCCCUGAACAACUUCCUGUUAGUGAUGACUGGUUAUUCCUCACAGCAUUGUGACUAGCCAAAUGGCCGAGUGGCAGACCAUGCCACCCAUGACCUUGGGAUAUAUAAUCCUGUUAACAUGAAGAGGACACCUUCCUUUAGCUGAUAAAACUACUGGUUUUGUUUUUUCAUAUAAGUAUUUUUCCUAUAGUCAUUUGAAUAGUUUCAAAUAAUUUGUACACUUAAAAAAUGUGUAAAGGGCAAAAAAAAAAUAAGCUAUUUUUCCCCAAAACUUAAUCAGUUAUGUUAUCCAUCAGUCAUGUUAUCUGAAGGACAAUUUUAUCUUAACAUAGGCA